AUGCAGAAAAAGGGUAGCGAGUCAUUCAGGGCAUACGCCCAACGAUGGAGGGAACUCGCAGCACAGGUCAAACCCCCGAUGGUUGAAAAAGAGAUGGUCGGUGCUUUCCUCAACACAUUGAAAGAUCCAUACUACUCCCACCUUAUCGGGCACACUACGUCAAGUUUCGCAGACCUGGUCAUAGUAGGUGAGCGAGUGGAAGAUGGAGUCAAAUCAGGGCGCCUGGUUGACAUACAGGCAUUGCAGUCGCUGCUGGAACAGUCAGGAACGAGCACUAUCCCGAGGAGGGUACAGACCAAAAGAACAGAAACCGGGCCGAAAGGAGGAGAAGUUCAGGUCAUCACCUCCGCCCCGUCUAGAAAUGACCAUCCACAAAAGCAGAGAAUAUACGUACAGCCAUCCACUCAGCGGCCCCUUAUAUUAUCACCAGGACAGGUUCAGCAGACUAACCAACCUGGGAUUCAGAUUCCUCAACCACAAGCACCAACAGGAGAAGGCACGAGACCUAAUCCAUCACCUCCCAAAAAGGAACAAAGAAAGUUUGAUCCAGAUUACUAUCACAUGGGAAGUCCAGGUCAUACGACUGACAGAUGUUUCGCUUUAAGACACAAGAUCCAAGAUCUCCGAGAACAACACCUGCUACGCUUUGAACUUGAGAAUUGA